UUUCCGGAAAGAUCCAGCAGGUGGCGACGGUGCAAUUCACAGACUCGCGGCGCGUUUGUUUUUUUUUGUUCUUUCCUCUUCUCUUCGUCGGCCUCUGGCUGGACCGAAAGUGGUCGGAUCGGGGAUGCUGCUGCAUAAACGCGGCAACUGUGUUAGCGGUAAUUGACAGCUGCCGAAAAGCGACGGUGGCAGCGGCGAUCGACGACAGCCCGGUCGAUCGCGGCGGGCGUGCGCGCACGCGAUUACGCGGAUCGCGAAAAUCGGCGCGAAUACGCGCGCGGUGUGUAUAUACGCGAGUAAAUUUCGAAUGGACCGUCGUGCAGUUCACAGUGAUUAUAUCUGCGCAUCUCUCCAAUCUCUCGCAGGAGUCGCAGGGACAUCUCCCGCGGCUGCGCCCACAUCGCAUCGGAUCGCAUCGGCAUCGGGGCAUCACGGGUGAUCGUGCGACCCGCUGACCGUAUCCGCGUCGGUCAACUGCCGAGAGAAAGAGAGAGACAGAGAGAGGCCUUUUUUUAAAGGCCCGAACGUGUUUACAGUUCCACGCUCGCGCGUGUCGAGAGAAAAGAUUCUAGGAGGACGUGGAAAGUUCAGCUGAAAGAAACAAGUCUACCGUCUUGGACAGCAUUAAAAUGGCUUACAAGUGAGUGGCGGAAAUUCGUUGGAGGACGCGAACCCUCGGUCGCAAGAGUGCGGCUUGGUCCCCUCGGCCUUCCAGAUAUGUGUCCGACAGCGCGAGGACGUGGAUGCGCCCCUUUCUAUCAACGCGUUGAACAACUUGUUUUCCGGUGCUAGCUCUUGGAGACAUCAUGAAUCUGGAACGGCCGACGAUGGACGGCGGUUGCGGACAGCAGCCGCUCUUCCUAGGCAGCACCUCUGGCUGGAGCGGUAUCCCCAGCCCUCAACAAUCGACCGUCCAGACUGCCAGCACUCCCUCGGAGCCCUACGGCGGACCAUUGAGCCUGAGCAUCUGCAUAUCCGAUUCAGGUCACGAGAUACUUCGUCCGAAGCCGCGACGACCGGGCGGUGGUAACAAUCGCGAGAUUUAUUGCCCCUCGUACUCUAAGGAUUUCACUGAAAAUACCCCUAAAAACGGGGUUCACGAUAUGGUCCAUAUGAUACCGGAAAGGGAUACGGACAGCGUAGCACCUACACCGACUCCACAGCAUCCACGUCACUCCCAGCAUCAUCAUCUCAGUUUGCACGAACUCCGUGCGCUUCAGAGGCGGCCGGAAUGCACCGGCAACAGCUCCUCCGAUGAGAAUCGAUCGUCCGGACACGCGAGCAUGUCGGAUACUGGUGGCCACACGAGCAGCAGUUCGCCACCGCAUCGUCAUCAUAGGACUCAUAGUCCGCAGCAACUGAAUUCUGUUCCCGAAGACGAUCGACUCUCGGCGUCGGUUACUCAGAGAAACGGCAGGAGCCGAUCCGGCCAGAGUCGCAAUCGGCACCGAGCUACUCCCGCUAAGCUGCAGGUACCAUGGUCGGGUUCUGGUUUGGAGGACAUAAAGCUGGCGAUCCAACAGCUGACGAUGCGCUCGCACAAGUCUUCGUCUACAUACUCCUCGCUGAGCGGCUCGGAGAGCUCGGAGCCGGCAGUGAGGAGGCUGAUGCGACACUCCAGUCUGGAGACGAUCAACACAAACGUGACGAGCGCCGAUGAGUUCGUCUGGGUGGACUCUCACAAUCGUCUGGUGGAACUGCAGCAGCUACCGUGGACUCAUCACGACGUGCUACGUGUACUUCAAAACGGCCGCACAAGGGAGCACAUGGAGCAAGUCUCGAUGGAGACGAUCCCGCGGCUUUCCUACCUCCUGCAACGCGCGCUAGUCAGGAUCGGCCGCGAGACUCAGAGAUUGGCGAAGCCCAUAGGUCUCUGUAGCAAGCACGAAGUGUACAGCGCCUUUAAAAUCGUACUCUGUCCGGCUCUGGCGGAUUCUUGCACCAAGGCUUGCCUUCGAGCUGCCGCGAUGUUCGCUGUAUCUGGUGAUCAGCUGAAACAAUCGAAGGCAUCCCGUUCGGGACUGCAAUUGCCAGUCGGACGUUUCUUACGUUGGAUGUCCGACGUGAGACUGGGACGGAUGAUUCACGAGUAUGCCGCGAUAUAUCUGACGGCCGGGAUCGAGAAUCUCCUGGAGGAGAUACUGCUACAGUGCGUGCCGACCGAACCGCAUACGACCCUCACGGCGACAAUGCUGGAGCACGCAAUAGCCAACAGCGGUGACUUAUGGGGCCUGUUACAACCGUACGCGCAUCUCAAUGCCGGUCGAACGGCAUCAGGCGCUCUCGCGAUGCCUCGUUGGGCAAGUGUAAGUUCUUUGAACUCGUCGUCGUCGUCGUCGCGCAGCGGGCGGGACGUAGCUCAAACAGCACUGGAACCGUCGUUGCUUACGACAUGCGUAGGAUCGAUGUCAGAAUUGAUAGAUUUGAUUUCCAAGGUAGCGCAAGCGGGACGCUGUCCCAUACCGCUGACAACGAGAGCGUUAUAUGCCCUAUUUUAUUUCAUGAGAUGCUCGCAGCUGGAACACGGCGAACGCGGAUCCGGAAUACAGGAAUUAGCAUACGAACGAGCUUACGUAGUGCUGCCACCGUUAGUAGAAUGGCUGCGGGUAGCUGCAGCGCAUGCCGAGCACAGACACGGUCUGGUCAUGGAUCAAGAUGACAUUAAUCAAGCUGCCCGACUAUUGUUGCCUGGCGUAGAUUGUCCCGUUCGACCGAUAAGCUCCGAGGAGAUCGCAGUAUGUUCGAAGCGCAUCGACGAUGCCGAGUACGUUCGAUUGCUGACGCUGGACAUGGCCUUCAAGAUGUUGACCAGCGGACGCACGGAUCUCAUAGCCCAGGCAAUGCCGUUGCUGCCUUCAACAAAGAUCAACACGGUGAAUGACGCCGGAUUCACGGCUCUGAUGUUAGCGUGCAUCAACGGCGAUGAAUCAGCUGUGAUGGCUCUACUGGACGCCGGGGCGGACUUGAAUAUUGAAAGCCCACCGCCCACGACGAGCUCGUCGUCGAACACACCUGCCAAGAUACCACAAACGUCCGGGGUAUCGAACGUUAGAAGUCCGAACAAUCAGUCGGCAAUGAUGACGCCCAGUAAAACGCCGAACGCGAACGUAGCGUCUAACAGUCCCAACGGUCCUGGCGGAGGACCUAUCCCCAGCGGCAUGUGUUACGCGCAGACCGCCUUCAACGCGGAGACGCAACACUGGACCGCUUUGACUUACACAGCUCUGUUGGGCCAUUGCAACAUUGCCAGAAUAUUGCUGGAGAGAGGUGCCGCGGUGGAAGGCGGCGCGAAACUCAGCGAGGAUAAGUGCACGGUCACGCCUCUGCAAGCGGCCACGGCAUCGGGUAACAACGAGAUGGUAGCUCUACUCUUGGCACACGGGGCGCAGCCUUUUCUAUCCACCCUGAUCAAGGAUUCGUUCUCCUACUCGGGUUCCGUGCAACGUGGCUGUUACAGCGCAAUCUCAGUGGCUACAGCGCAUGGUCAGAGAAGCUGUCUUCAUCAAUUGCUAUCGCAUCCUCUCAAUUUCUCGGCCAAGCGUGGAGAGAAAGAGAUAUUAUCUUUGGAAGAGAUAUUAGCGGAAGGUAACGCCGGUAAUAAUUCUCAACAGCAGACUGCCGAAGGAAGAGGAGCUCGCAGAGAAGGCAAGGAACCAGUAUUCAAUAAGAUACAAACGAAGGCGCUACAGGAAGCGAUGUAUCACAGCGCGGAAAGCAAUCAUUUAGAUAUUACUAUGGAACUUCGUGGGCUAAAAGUAGGCUGGACGUUACAUUGCUGGAUGCACAGUCUCGCGACAGCUCAUGAAAUGCGACUGGAUUCGGUUAUAGAUCAACUACUUCAAGAUUUUCUUCAAGUCUGCCCGGACGAUUAUUCUACUCAAUUCGUGCAGGAGUGUUUACCACUUUUAUUCAAUAUUUUUAGAUACAGUAAGAAGGAAGGCACGACGCUCUUGCUUGCUGAUAUAUUUUGCACGUGUUUCGGAUGGGAGCCGAUCAAGCCGAUUAGAGAUACUACACUUUCGAGUGGAUCAAGAAUUGAUCCGAAAUUUGUGAAUAAUCCAGAAUUAAGCGACGUGCAAUUUAGAGUCGAAGGUCGCGUUUUCUACGGUCAUAAAAUCGUACUGGUUACAUCUUCCCCGAGAUUUAGGAAUAUGUUAAGCUCCAAACUAUGCGAAGGCAAUCCUCCUAUUGUGCAAAUUAAUGAUAUAAGAUAUCACAUAUUCCAGAUGGUUAUGGAAUUUCUUUAUCAUGGCGGUUGCGCCACUUUGGAAGUUAAUCAAAGUGAUGUACUGGAAUUAAUGGCAGCAGCCAAUUUCUUUCAACUCGACGGCUUGCUCAGAUACUGUGAAGCACAGUGUUCCACGAUGGUGGAUCUUGACAAUAUUGUUUCUAUGUAUAUUCACGCAAAGGUAUAUAACGCGGCACAGCUCUUAGAAUACUGUCAAGGAUUUCUAUUGCAAAAUAUGGUGGCUCUUUUGACUUAUGAUGAUUCAGUCAAGCGUUUGUUGUUCGCGAAAAAGUUACCGAAUCACGACGUUCUCGCAGGUCUACUGCUUACAUUGCAAUCACGAAUAAAAGCCAGGCGAUCUCAACAACAAAACAAAAUAAAAUCAUAGAUAUACACUUUUGCAUUAUAAGAUACGGAAUUAUAUAAGAGCUAAAAUUAAUAGGAAUUUUAUAUGGAUUUUUAUUUUAGAAGAUACUGAGAUUUAAUUUUAUAUACGAAGACUGUUACUGACACAAAAUUGGAUAUUGUUGUAUUUUAAAAGAACGCAUAUAAGUCUCGUUGCAUCGCAAUAAUUUUAAAUAACAAUUUUGAAUUUUGUUAAGAGAACGUAUUUAUAUAUGUGUACAUUGUAUA